CCUCGACCUCGACCUCGACCUCGUCUACAAGUUGAUCCAAGUUGCUAACAAUCAGAAUCAGAAGUGUGAUUGUUACACUGCUUAUUAUUAGGAUUUGAACUGCAGUUCCUGCUAAUGGAUAGACAACCUCAUGACUAUGCUGCUGCAAUGGCUUUUGCUCAGCAGCAGCAAGCCAAUAUCCAACAGCAACAGCAGUAUGCUUUUCACCCACAACCCCUGCAGCAUCCUCAACAAAUGCAUGGAUCACCUUUCAUGCCUCCUCACCCUUCUAUUCAACAAUACCCUUACCAUCACCGCUUGCCUCAGCCACAGCUCUAUCCACACCCGUCCCAUCCCAUGCUCCAUCUUCAACAGCAGCAACAACCACCAUCUGGAUAUUCACCUCAUCUACCCCCUCAUCUCUUGCGCCCUCCUAUGAUGCACCCAUAUGAUUCAACUCCUCCUGCAGACCCAGAGCUUAACAAAAGAAUUGAUAAGUUAAUUGAGUAUGCAGCAAGAAAUGGUCCUGAAUUUGAGGCUCUGAUACGUGAGAGGGAGCAGGACAAUCCUGCUUACAGUUUCCUUUUUGGAGGUGAAGGGCAUAAUUACUAUCGUUACAAGUUGUGGCUAUCUACAAGAUCAGGUCCAGCCUUUAAUCCUUCAUUUGCGUCCUCAAUUCCAAUGAUGCCUCCGUCACAUAAUCCCAUGCUAAAUCCUUCUUCUCUGAGCCCCCCUCCUUUGGGUGCUACUUCUGGAGUCCCAGGUUCAAUGCUUCCGGGACCUCAAUCACACCAACCUUCAUUUCCUCCUUAUUUCGACCAGCAUCAACGGCCACCACAUCCCCAAGGUUUCUUGGGCCAAGCUCAUACUGACUAUGAAUCGUCUAUGAAAGCUUUUAAGGGUCUGUCAGGGCCACUUCCUGCUGAUGUUGCUGCAGAGCUUAAUAGCGUGCUUAGCAAUCUCACUGGCACUAAAGAGUCAAUAAAGGGUGCAAAAAUGUGGUUUAUGCAAAGGUCACCUUUUGCACCAGCAUUAGCUGAUGCUCUUAGAGACAGAAUAUUUUCUCUAGAAGAUUCAGAAAGACAGCUACACAUAGUUUUUCUAGCAAAUGACAUUCUCUUUGACAGCUUGCAACGGAGAACAAAUCCUUUGGAUUUGGAUAAUGAAGCACUUGCAUUUAAACCUGUCUUGGGAAGCAUGCUUGCAAGGAUAUAUAACAACCCACAAAAUAAGGAUGCAAACCAGAGUCGAUUGGAGAAAAUUUUACAGUUCUGGGCUUCAAAGGAAGUUUAUGAUCAGGAAACCAUUGCUAGCCUGGAGAAAGAAAUGAGUGGUGGUCUACCAUUGGUCUUCGCUUCACACAAGGAAACUCCUUUCGGGUUUGACUCAGCUAACAUUACAGGUAACACAUCAUCAGAAUGGCAAUCCGAUCGGCAUAACUUAGUAGAUCUGCCCGAGCUUGAGAAGCAACAAGCCACAGUUUCAGUCCCACCAAGCCAAUUUUUGCCCACAGGUCCGUUUCUUCCCAACCAAGUUACCGUUGGGAUAUAUCAACCUGUGCCCCAGACUUCAUUCCCCGGGGUCUUGCCACUUCCAAAUUCUGCUCAAACCACUCCACAACCAAAUAUUCUACCAGGUGGCGCAACCAUCGUCUCCGACAAGGCCCCUCCGCCAUAUCCGCUUUUCCCGCCCGGUCUCAUCCCCGGCAUGGUUCGUAAGAUGCAGAUUGGCAGUGGCGUUCCAUACUCGCCAUUGAGCCCGCUCGACAUCCCUACGGUUAUCCCACCAUCUAAUAUCCAGCCCUCAGAGAUCCUUGAGAGGGUUGGGAAGUUCUUCAAAGAGAUCGGGGAGGUUAACCCGUCAGAUGGGCCAAUGAACUCAUCAGAACCAAAUGAUGAAUUUGAAUAUGAUCAGGAGGAGCCUAUUGCUCGGAAGGGCGGCGCUUGCAUACCACCACCACCAAAUCUACAGGUCGACCCGGAGACCGGUACAUAUCCUGAUGGGAGUGUCGAGCGAAAACCCGGCUCAACCAGUACUGGGAGAUUGGGCCUUGGCGCUACGGCUAACCCAAAUGAAGUCAGCCAGUAUGAUGAUGUGUACACUUCAUAUAGGAAGCAAAGGAGCACCAAUUACCAUUCAUCCAUGAGUGCAAGAUCUUCUACGAGGUAACAAUAAGAUCAUGUUAUUCAAUUUUUAAAUUUUAUUAGGCUUAGUAGUUUGUUCUGUGAAAGCUUAGAUCAUCAAAUCUUCUAGUUGAUUUUGUUGAGUAGCAUGAGAAUAUUAACCGCUCAUGAGUGUCUGGAUAGACAGAUAUUGAUGGUCAGCGAAAGAACAAUGUGUUUUUUAAGAUGGCUUGGCUGAUGUUCACUCUCUUUUUGCAUCAA